AUGUGUUGUAUUUCAGUGAUUCGAACAAUCUAUGUUUUAGUACUCAACUCAACCAACUCCCCAGCCCCCAAAACCCCGAUUCCCCUUGUAAAUCACGAGCCACAAACCCGAGAUGUAAACCAUGUAUCACUGAAAUACAAUGCAUGGGAUGGGAAAGAGGGAGGUGGUGGUGGAAAGGGUGGGCAGGCCAGUAUGAGGUUUUUUAUGGAGGAGGGGGAUGUGCGAGGAAGGGAAUAG